GAAUAAUUUUCCCUACGCAGUUGACCAGGAAUCCACCUCCGUCUCACUCGCACAGAAACAACCACGACAAAUGCACACCAAAUAAACUCACAUUUUCGAUGCAAUUCAUUUCACUCUCAUUUCAUCAACUACUACUUCCCCGUCACAUUAACCGGAUCACCUUAUCUUCACUCUCUAUAAAUAUCACCUCCUUUGCUCCAAAAGUUUUUGCUAAUUUGUUGCUGUAGGCCGGUAGGUGGGAAAUUGAAAGGAGCUUGGAGAGAGAGAAAGGGUGGGUUCGGCACUUCGUUUGCUGAACAUUCUGGGGCGAGGCCUUGUGUUGUGGAAUUUCCAUUAAGAGAUUGAAGUUUAAGGAAGCAAUGGAGGUAUAUGGCAAAUCUACAGUAGCCGUUCCUACAAAUGUUAUAUAUAUGUCAAGUAUUCUAGGCCAGGAUGGGCCUAACCCUGUCCACAAGUGCGAUUGGAAAUGUGCAAACGAGCACGUAUGUGGUAACAUGUACCGCUGCAGGCUAACAGGACUGACUCACAUUUGUGACAAAAACUGUAACCAGAGAAUUCUAUACGACAACCAUAGCUCCCUUUGCAGAGUGAGCAAGCAGAUUUUCCCUCUAACACUGGAUGAGGAACAUGCAGUGAGAGGUGUCCGGAGGAAGAUUGAUGCCGAGAGUUCCCCAUCUGAUUGUUGUGCCUUUAAGCGCAGGCGCGAUGCACAAUUUCAUACCUCUCCUUUUGAGAGAACCUUCUCUGCUGUUGGUCCAAUCUGCAGUCCAAUUGGAGAUGGCAUGGAUAUGAGCUAGACAGAAUAAAUAACCAUCUAUCUCUAUCUUCUAUUUUACAUUUUGAUGUUUUGCCUUUCAUUCGGCAAGUACGGAUAACAGAACUUGUUUUGGAUACUUUUACGGAGGACAUGAUUUGUCCUGUCUAUCUGUAGGAAGAACUUUUAUUUCUGAACUUGUUCAACGGAAUGUAGCUCUUUUACUAGUUGGAGAAUUUGUAGGAGAUUGAACAGGGUUAUCUCUCUACUAAGUGGCAAUUCUUGCGUGGGUCACUGUAAAGCUGGAGUGAUAUUACGCAGGGCAUAUAUCUACUUUUUUACUGCUUCAGAAUCUAACCUAUGACAAGUACAGGGUACUUUAGCAAGACCUGAUUCAGUAAUUCUCAUUUGAGAAUUUUACUUUCACUUGGGCACCUUGGCUGAGCAGUUUUUUACUGCAUAUCAUUUUCCUAGAAGUUAGUGAUAUGUUGCCUAUGUCUGCAAAUAUGGGUUUACCCUUCUUGUGGUUCAUUGGAUAGUUGAACUUCGUCAUGUUCACCACCUGAAGCACUUGUGCUGUUUGGGUCUUGUUUAUUGUGAUAAGCACCUGAAUUGUUGUGCUUUAAAGCUGUUUGUUUAAUUUUUCCGUCUACAAUGAUAUCUGUUAUCUUGUCUUCGGGAGCAUUAUCAUUACUAGGAUUGAUGUUACUCACUUCGCUCAUGCUGUACAGGUUUCCCAGAACAAAUGUAGGAUAUUUCCCGUUUGUGUCUUCUAUAAAAUUUAUCUCAAUUUCUGAUUGAUUCCUUUUCCAACUGUGUUUCAGGUCGAAGAGGAAUGACCCAGUUUCUUUCCCAUUUUAUUCUUAAUGAUCUUUUCAUUUUUACCAUACUGAUUUUAAUCUAUGGGUUCCUGAAGCUAAUUUUAUUUUUGCAGGUUGAAGCAUGUAUCACUCAGGAGAGUUGAAACUUGCUUAUUGUUAUCACUAUUGAAUCAUUUUGUUUUAGAAUUUUUGUACUAAUGUGAGUAUUCCUAAUGUGGUUCAUCUAUUAUUCAUGCAGGGAUGGAAAUUCUCCAUCUGCUUGCAGCUUGCAGUUGGGGAGCAAUGGUGCCCUCUAAGAGGGCACUGAGGGAUUUUGAAAAUCCAAUUGUGCAUAUUAAGUUUGGGCCAGUUUUAUCCGUCUCAUUUGUGGCCAUGCAAAGGAGAUUCAUCAUUCAAGACGCCAAAUAACCACAACAGACAUGGAUUAUGAAGAACAAAGAAUAAUUUUCACUGCUUAUUUGCAAUCAUCUCAUUGGCAGUGAGAAAACCCGAGGAUUGUCUUCUGCCUCUAAGGCUGAGGAUUUUGCGUUUGAUGGAAACCCACAACUGAUGAAAGCAUUCGGUGGCCGUAGCAUAAGAUAACCGCAUCGGACAUGGAUUAUGGAGAAAAAAGAAAAAUUUUCCCUGCUUAUUUGCAAUCAUCUCACUGGCAUUGAGAAAAUUCUAGGAUUGUCUUCUGCCUCGAAGGCCUGAUGAUUUUGUGUUGAUGAAAAGCCACAGCUGAUGAAAACAUUCAGUGGCCAUAGCUUUUGUUGGACCACUAGAUUUUGGAACAGCUUUUGGUGGCUUUCUGAAGGUCGCAACUGAUGUAAUACCUCUGAAACAAGGAUUCCGUUUCUAUCUCUUCUUUUGGCUUCUGGGCUCAUUGGUUGCGUGUGAACUUGCUUGAGCUGCUUCAUUGGUUCAUUCACAUUGCUAGCCGAUCUGCUCUUUCAUCUCACGAUUAUGGUGGCCACUUACUGUGGUGGUGUUCCAGUUCCUUUUACGUUGAAGUUUCCUUGCUUCACUUCUAUAUACUUUGUACAAUUUGCUAGAAUUUUUAGCCUGAGCUUUUGGGCCAACUGAGCGUGGCUUUUUCAUCAAGAGGUGACUUGCUUAUAGCUGUCUAGCUUUAAUCUAGAAGGUUAUGAUUUAGAUGUUGCCCGGAUUGUGAAACAAGUACUUGCUUGAACAGGUGACACUUUGCACUGUUUUAGUGGUUGGUUAAAAAAAAAACAGAUGGCUGAAAUGCUGUAUUCUUAAUGGUUUCAUGUACGUAAUAUACAGAGUUUUAUUCCUA